CAGCACCACCAAUAUGGAUGUCCAAGGAAGGCACACAUUCUACUGGCUUUUUAUAAUUGCCAUCAGUGGAUUUGUGUUUGCUGAAGAGUGGCAAGUCUCUGUGGUCAGUGAGAUUAAUGCUCUGGUCGCAUCUUGUGUUGUGGUACCCUGCACGUUCAAGUAUCCAGGAACCAAGAAACCAACAUCACGCGUGAAGGGUAUCUGGCACACCAAGAACAAUCGCGAUGACUGCAUCUACCAUGAUGACAAGUUCAAGAUUAAAGACACCUUUAAAGAACGUACCCAACUACUCGGUUCCCUGGGCGAUCAAAACUGCACUUUGGAAAUCAACCGAGUAGAAAAUCACGACAAUGGUCCAUUUUGUUUCAGGACUGAAGUCCAAGACCUCGAUAAGUAUUCCUUUGUGAAAAACUGCAUUGACAUCCAUAUUGUUGAACACCCAAAAGCUCCAGAGUUACACACUCCUGAGUCCAUUACAGAGGACACACCCAUAGUUCUCAAAUGCUCUGUCAUACACACCUGCCCCUCGCACCCUCCCUCUCUAACCUGGAAUCACCGUAACGAGCACAGUAAAAUGCAUCACAAGAACAUCGGGCAUGGAAACUGGGAAGUGGAGUCUAUCCUCUCCUUCAACCCCAGCAAGGAGGAUGACCACAAAGAAAUAACCUGCACUGCCACAUUCUAUGGAAAACUGGAAUCAAAAGCCAGAGGCAAAAUUUACAUCAAAACGAAACCAGACCUCAUUCAAACCAUUAUUGUCCCUGUGGCAGCUGUUCUUGAAUGUGGGAUCGUAUUUCCAGAUUUUCUCGCAGAUUUAGAUCUGGACGUUCCCAGGAUGAUGGCGGCAGAACACCACAAAGGAAGACACACGCACCCAGGAUUGGCCUCUGCACUUGCCAUCUGUUGGCCUGCUCAGCUGGUGGCAGUCAUUUCUGAUGGGAACUCAGCAGAGUUUGGGGAACAGGGUAGAGAUGUUUCCCGAACACCACCACAGCAAACUCCCUUCCCCAGACUCCUGCUUCUAUUCUGCAGCUCACGGGUGCCAAUCGUCAAUGAGUCGCUAGCUGUGUCUCCCUAG